AUGACGUCACUGUUGGACAUUUCUGCUCCGACUCUUCACUGUCAGGUUUCCGUUGUGUUCAUGUGGCCCGGAGACACGCGCGCAUUCCGCCAGCAGAGGGCGCCAUUCAGCUGCUCGGUUCCGGACAAAACAAACAGACAAGCAGAACCUGCAGAACCUGAAGAACCUGCAGAACCUACAGAACCUGAAGAACCUGCAGAACCUACAGAACCUACAGAACCUGUAGAACCUACAGAACCUAAAGAAGCUGAAGAACCUAAAGAACCUGCAGAACCUAAAGAACCCGCAGAACCUAAAGAACCCGCAGAACCUACAGAACCUAAAGAAGCUGAAGAACCUAAAGAACCUGCAGAACCUGCAGAACCUGUAGAACCUAAAGAACCCACAGAACCUACAGAACCUAAAGAAACUGAAGAACCAACAGAACCUAAAGAACCUACAGAACCUAAAGAACCCACAGAACCUACAGAACCUGUAGAACCUACAGAACCUAAAGAACCCACAGAACCUACAGAACCUAAAGAAACUGAAGAACCAACAGAACCUAAAGAACCUACAGAACCUAAAGAACCCACAGAACCUACAGAACCUAAAGAAACUGAAGAACCAACAGAACCUAAAGAACCUACAGAACCUAAAGAACCCACAGAACCUACAGAACCUGUAGAACCUACAGAACCCGCAGAACCUGCAGAACCUGUAGAACCUAAAGAACCCACAGAACCUACAGAACCUAAAGAAACUGAAGAACCAACAGAACCUAAAGAACCUACAGAACCUAAAGAACCUGUAGAACCUACAGAACCUAAAGAACCCACAGAACCUACAGAACCUGUAGAACCCACAGAACCUACAGAACCUAAAGAACCCACAGAACCUACAGAACCCGCAGAACCUACAGAACCUAAAGAACCCACAGAACCUACAGAACCUGUAGAACCUACAGAACCCGCAGAACCUACAGAACCUAAAGAACCCACAGAACCUACAGAACCCGCAGAACCCACAGAACCUAAAGAAACUGAAGAACCAACAGAACCUACAGAACCUAAAGAACCCACAGAACCUACAGAACCUGUUCCGGUCCGGUGA